AUGGUGUGGACGUCAGAGUCCUCCAAGAUCCGAGUCAAGUAUCCCGAGAGGAUACCCGUCAUCGUCCAGAAAGCGCCAAAGUCCCAGGUCCCGGACAUCGACAAGAGGAAAUUCCAUCCUGCCGACAUCACGGUGGCUCUCAUGUGGAUCAUCAGGAAGAGGAUACAGUUGCCUGCCGAGAAAGCCAUCUUUUUAUUUGUCGGCAAAGUACUCCCACAAUCAAGUGCCACAAUGGGUCACAUCUACCAGGAACACAGAGACGCAGACGGAUUCCUCUACGUCGCCUACAGCGGGGAGAACACCUUUGGGGCUACGCCACUAUGAGCCCCCGGGCCAGGAUGCACUCUUGCCAUGGCCCGGCCGGAGGAGCCCCACCUAGCAACUCCUGAUACUGAAACCACGGUGACUGACUGAAAAUUGAGAAUGAGAACUCGAUGACUCUGUUUUGAAAGAAAGCAGAAGUAUUAUGAAAUGAAGCUAUAUGGAGAUCGAUGCCCAUGGGGGCACAUUGCUAUGUACUGCUUUGCUUCAUCUAUUUAACCAAAAGACUUUAUAACAGAAGACUAUAUAUUUGAGGACAGGUCCCUGAUGCUGGAGGGCUGUUCACAUAUAUCUCCAAUGAUGAUAACGAUAACACCCAUCUCUGUCAAAAAGGUACAAUGUACAUGCACAUGUACAUAUUUUCUUUCUUUAUGCUAAUGAGCAUUUAUCUCAGAUCUGAUUCCUUUGUUUGCAUAAACUUUAUUACGUGUAUAGUUAUUGUUAUCAUUUUCAGUGAUAUAAUCUGUCUGGAGUCACAAUAGUGUUAACUCACAUGGCAUAUACUGUAGCACAGAUUUAAUGCCCUUGUGACUCCAAACAGACAAUAUGUGACCUGCCCCUAAGCCGACCAAUUACCAGUUACAGUAUAUAUGAUUGUGCA